AUGCAGCAUAUUUUCAGGAUUCUAUUGAGGAGUCGUGAUAACAACAGAGGCAUGACGUCAAAUGAAUCAACGAAGAAAGCGCGAAUAAUGGAUCAAAAAGAUAAUAUGACUUCAAUAGAAUGUAGGAUGAGACUAAAACCAAUUGUUCCAAUUGAAUUUACAGAAGAUAUACCACUACAUGAUGCUUAUGCUGGAAUCAUGAAAGACAAAAAAAAUUUUGCUGUUGCAAUAAAAAACAUCGCUGCUAUUCUACCUGGAUUUGGACAUUUGAAACGAUGCUUUAACAAUAAAUUACUUUUAUCAUUCAUAAACAAAAAAUCUGAUCCAGUUAAAUCUUUUGAACCAUCGUUCGAAACGGAAGUUGAAUUAAAACAAUUUCUAGUUGAUAAAAAAUUUGAUUUAAAUCUGUUUGAAGAUAAUUUUGCAAUUAUUUCCAUUCCUAAAAUAGCAUCAAAAAGUUUAGAACAAGCAAAAAAAGCUGCUAAAUAUUGGCCUGUUAGUUUUCAUCCUGACACUGAACUUGAGUCUAUUAUGAACGGAACAUUUUUCACGUCAAAUCAGGUUGAUGUUAUUCAAGCUUGUAUGAAGGUUUGUAUUGAGGCGACGAAAAAGGCGACUGUGGGUAAUGAUAUAUGUAAUGGUGCCGCAGUAAUUUUAAAUCCAAAUGAUUGUGGUGUUAGUAAAAUACUUGCAAUUUCAGCAGCUAGAUUACAUGAACAUCCUAUGUGGCAUGCAUCAAUGCUUGCUAUAGAUUUGAUAGCUGCAAUGAGAGGUAAAGGUACUUGGAAUUUAAUAUCUAAUGUCAAUGAUUUUAUAAAUGAUGAUAGUAGAAAACGAAAAUUACAAUCUAAUCUUCCACUUUGUUAUCCACAAACUUUGAGGGCUAUUGACGUUCCAAAAUUUAAUUAUUCUACUAAUAUUAAAUCUAAAACUAAAAAUGAUAACACACAAGAGGAUUGUAAAUAUUUGUGUACAAAAUAUUGGAUAUUUCUUAUUCAAGAGCCGUGUGCUAUGUGUGCAAUGGCAUUAGUACACUCAAGAGUGGGAAUGGUAUUUUAUAGCACCAGUAAUAAAAGUUAUGGUGUUUUAGGAAGUAAAACGUCACUAAAUACACUGCCUGGUUUAAAUCAUCGUUAUAAAGUAUGGUGUUGUGCCCUUGAGCAAGAUUGUUCUGAGAAUGUAAUGGAAAUUUACCAAUCAACCAACUAA